UAAUUAUAAAAGCCAUUUAAAAAAAUAUUGACCCGGUCCCGGCCCGGUCCGGUCCAGUCCCGUUACAAACCUGGGCCGGUACCGAGCAUGCAGCUCGAGACCCUAGUCCUGCCCAGUCCCGUCUCGGGACCCGGUCAAUCCUUACCCGUGAGGGUGAACGAUGUGCCAAUGGCUAGAAGCCUAGGGUUUGGAAGACACGGGGCGUAGCUAGGGUUCUGGCGUGUGAGGGCGAGGGAUGGGGUAUGUGAGGCUAGGAUGGGGCUGCUAGGCUUCGGAGUACAUGCAGUGAUGCAAGGGAGGGGAGAGGGGGCGAGUGCAGGGGGUUUUGGGCAGGCAAAGAGGACACAAUUCGGGGCUGGGGAGAGGAUAGUAGGCGAUGAACUCAGAGACAUCAUUGGCAGUGUGAUGGCAGUAUUGGUAGGGUGGCGGAUGUGAGAUUUGGGUGAAAUUUGUGUUUUUACUGUGAUCGACCUAGGUCGUAAACAAAUGGUCACUGGCUGCGCAUGAAGGUUGAUGGAGUAUAUGGCCCAGGAACCCCCGGCCCAUAGACUCCUACUAUUCUAAGGGAGGCCCAAUAGGUCCAGGAAGCACAACAGACCCAAAUCACAGCGCCCCAAGUACUGAGCAACCCACGUGGCACACUGGGGAUGCCUUCGGCCCCCUGGCCGAAGGCUCCAAAUUCUCACAGGAUGACCAACUCAAGCAAACAAAGUUACUGGGAGAAAACGGCGAAAAUCAGUAGCCCUCAGCACUAAGGAGGUUCCCGGUACUCAGAGCCCUCAGCUAAUCAUCUGCAACCGAGGACACCUUUCUCGACAUAAGAUCCUCUCCACAUGCGCCUGAAUCACCGUACCAAGUACGACGUCACGUCCAACAACCGCAUUUAAUGCGGCCACAUGCGAAUGCCAGUGCCACCCCGUUGAGGUGACCCCUCGACCACCAGAAUGAUGACACGUGUCUCUAUAUGGCAUUUAUUACUACUAUAAAUAGCGCCCCCUUUCCCCAUUUGUAGGCCAAGCAAAAAUCGCUCAUUACAUUCUCAGCAAUACAUUCUCUCUCUUAUUUUUGCUCUGACUUCUCUCUAGUUACUCCCCGCAGUAACCCUUCGGAUACAUACCCCCGGGUAGACUAUCCAUCAAAGAUCAUAAUGGAUAGUAGUUUCUGGUCGGGGCAGCGACAAUGACUACACAGGGUAUCGAAGAUGGUUGAAACUAGGUCACUGGACUGUUGUUCUUGUAACUGCUCGGUGGUGGUCGUUGGUCACUAUGGCUUGCGAUGCUAAUUGAGCCACUGGUCACUGACUCCAUUUAGACAAUUGAUCCUUAUAGCAGCGGACGGGAGGCUCUUUCGCCUAGGGUUACGGCUGCGGCUACUAGCGUUGCUCGCAGGUUUUCUUGGACGAUAUCACAAUCGGCAAUCUGGUCUUCAGCAAUUGGGGUGAAGGCAGCGAUUUACAAGCGAAAGAUAGCAUACACGGAGGCUACAAUACACACCGGCUCGGCUACCGGCAUAGUGAGAGGGCUGAACUUGUUUUGACAAAACGAAAAUGGAGAACAGACACAAUAAUGAAGAUGUUGAAACGUUAGCACAGGUGUGCAGACUGUUGGAGAUGGAAGAGGAAGAUGAGUUCCUAAUUGUAGAGCCUAUGACACAAAACUCUUCUAAGCACAAUCUGACCCUGGUUGGAACAAUUACAUCAGAAAAGUCAGUACGUUUCACUCAAUUUAGAGAUAUUAUGGCGUCUGUGUGGAAACCUGAAAAGGGUGUUACUAUAACUGAAAUCGGUCCUAGGAGAUAUGUGUUUCAAUUCUAUAAUGAAGAGGAUAUGAAUAGGGUAGCAGAUGAGGGACCAUGGCUUUUCGACCAGAACUUAAUUGUUAUGAGUAGACUUAAAGAAGGUGAUAUCCCUCUAUGUCUAUUCCGCUGAACAAAGCAGAGUUCUGGAUUCAAGUUCAUGACAUUCCAGGGGCUAUUUCACCAUAGACAAUGCAUAACACAUUGAGAAUUUUUUGGGGACUUUUAUAAGAGUGGAUGAAAACAAUUUCUCUGAGAGGUGGGAAUCUUUUAUGAGGAUUCGAGUCCGAAUCGAUCUGGGGAAACCCCUGAAAAGGAAACUAUUUCUCCAAAAAGAGGAAGGGGUCAAUUUCUGUGUCAGGUUUUGCUACGAGAAACUGCCUAGUUUCUGUUUUUUGUGUGGAAUAAUAGUUCAUGCUGAGAGCCAUUGUCCCCGUAAGAAAAGGGGUCAUGAGCUAACCAGAGAAAGGCCUUUCAGCCCUUGGCUUAGGGCAGCAAAAGGGGCAAAGCAAUGGAAGGAGAAUAAAUGGCUCGUCCUAGCAUGUAAAGGAAUCAACUCGGGCAGCCAGUCUAAACACGGAAAUAGUGAAGAGGGCAAGCGAACAUGCAUCUUGGAAGGCGGGUCCUCGCAAAAGAGAGAGGGAAACUCGAGCAAAAGUGCUGACGUGUGGAGGAUUCAGAAGACUACCAGACGGGGGAGGAGAUGGAGAUUGUGCAUGCCAGGGAAAAACGGGGAGGAGGCAAGCUACAAGUUUGUAGCUCGCCAGACACAGAUCUGACAGCUCCCCUACCACUGCAGGUGGAAAUAAAUAAGGCAGGAGUCCAUGAAGCAUUUUAUUAUUUUUACGCUCUUUUCUUUUCGGUUGAUCAUGUUGCUUUUGUUUUCAGUUUGAACUUUAGAGGUAGGUUGUCAUUUUGCUUUUUAUUUUUUGCUCAAAAGUGGUGGGUGGAAGCGAUAAGGCGUGUUUGGCCGUUAAAAGCUUCGAAGCUCUCACAUGGUUAGCGACAGCGGCGUCUUUAGAACUCCGGAGGCCCCAGGCGAAAAACACUUAAUAUUGACAUAUUAUAUUAAUGUGAUUUUUACAACACAAAAGAAAACAAAAAAGAUAAAUUGAAUAAAAAUACACAAUAAAAGAAAAAAUGCAUAUUCAAAGAGUAGUGAACAUCAAAAUAAUAAAAAUUUUAAAUGUAAACAUACACGAAAUGGACCAAAACUUUCACUUCCUCCGCCCCAAGUAAACAUUAUCAUUUGUCUCUUUUGGACGUUUCAUUUAAAAAGUUG